CUCUCUCUCUCUCUCUCUCUCUCUCUCUCACUGCUGAUAUCACAGAGGUGAGAAGCGUUCAGUCAGACGCUCAGCACUACAGAGACUGCUCUUACUUCUGCUCUUAAGAGUGUGUGUGUGUGUGUGUGUGUGUGUGUGUGCAUCCGUGGUAUUGUGUAUGUGUGUUGGGAGGCACUAACAUAGUGUGUGUGUGAGAGAGACGGAGAAAGGUCCGAGUAUGGAAUUACACUUCAGAAGGAUUUUACUGUGUGGAAUAACAAGACGGAGGAAAGUCCAGUAGCCGCGGGGCUGAGGAGAAGAGUUCGCGUUCUCCCCUGAUGUCUUACCCCCACUGCCGGAGGUCCCAGUUCCCAAAGGGGCGGUGCUAAGUCGAGGGGCCUUCCGAAACCCCGCCCUCAGACACUGCUCUUCCCGCAGCAUGGAUUCCGCCCAGUGCAACGACCGUCCUGUCAGCUACACCUCCACCUCCUCCUCCGCCUCCUCGUCACGGGACAGUCACUGCUCGGCUGUCUUAGGCUCCACCCCUGACUGGGACCGAGACUCUGGGGCGAUCCGACUUGAGCUCAUCCCUGCCCGUCAGCUGGAGGAGGCGGAGCCACCGGCACCAGCCAGUCAGGAUGAGGAGCGUAAAGUGGCCUACGUGGACCACGUGGUGCAGGAGAUCCUGGAGACAGAGAGGACUUACGUCAAGGACCUACAGAGCAUCGUCCAGGAUUAUUUGGAGUGUAUCAACAAUCAGACUCGUCCCUUGCUGGGGUUGGAGGACAAGAAUUCACUGUUUGGAAACAUCCGGGAAAUUUACUGUUUCAAUAGGGAUCUCCUGCAUGAUUUGGAAAAGUGCAAUGCAGACCCGGUGGCCAUCGCUCAGUGUUUUGUUGCGAAGAGUGAAGAAUUUCAUAUUUAUACACAGUACUGCACUAAUUAUCCAAGGUCUGUAGCCGUCCUCAGCGAGUGUAUGAGGAAUAAAGCAGUGGCGAAGUUUCUGCGUGAGCGUCAGGAGUGUGCAAAACACUCGCUGCCUCUCGGCUCGUUCCUGCUCAAACCUGUACAGAGGAUCCUGAAGUACCACCUGCUGCUGCAUGAAAUCGCCACACAUCUGGAGAAGGACUCAGAGAGACAUGCGGUGGUUCAGGAGGCCAUCGACACCAUGCAGAGGGUCGCCUGGCACAUCAACGACAUGAAGAGGAAACACGAGAACACUGUCAGACUGCAGGAGAUCCAGAGCUUGUUGACGAACUGGCAGGGUCCGGAUCUGAUCGGUUACGGCGAGCUGGUUCUGGAGGGAACGUUCCGGGUCCAGAGGGUAAAGAAUGACAGAACAUUCUUCCUCUUCGACAAACUCCUCCUCAUCACCAAGAAACGAGAGGAGACCUACGCCUACAAGGCACACAUACUGUGCUGUAACCUGAUGCUGGUGGAGGUCAUCCCUAAGGAGCCGCUUAGCUUCAGUGUGUUCCACUAUAAGAACCCCAAACUGCAGCACACAGUGCAGGCCAAGUCCCAGCAGGACAAGCGAACGUGGAUCCAGCACCUGAAGAGGCUCAUCCUGGAGAACCAUCCGGCAAAAAUCCCAGCAAAGGCCAAGCAGGCCAUUCUGGACAUGGAUGUGCAUCAGUGUAGCCCUGAGGGCCAGAACAGGAUCAACCUCAAAGAAGGUCCUUCCCCCAGAAGAGCCCGCAGGAAGACCGAGCCCUUGUCCAAACUGCUUAAAAACAAAAAUGCAAUAUCCAGUCCAGAUAUACAGAAGCGAAGCAGUUUUGGUGCAACCCUUCUGUCUCCUGUAGUCCACCUGGGCACUAUUGGUCGAUCUCGCAGUCUCGUCAGCCAAUCACAGGAGUCACUGGACCCUGGUGACCAUGGUGACCACAGUGAUGUGGACGAAGUGUUACAUCCACAGGAUGCUGAUGAUGAAGAUGACAGUGGACUGAGUUCUGGAGGUAAGCUACGUGUACCUGGAAAAAGUAGCAGGAAAAGGCUAAACGCCCAGGUGUCUGUGGACAGCAUCGACCGGUGGAAGAACCACAGCCUUGACCAUAUUGAUUUACAGACGGCCAAAGAGUCUCUGCAGAAGGAGACGGUGCAUACACCCAUCCUACGGGUGACCUGUCCUCCUGAAACACGGGCUGAUGAUCCCUUCUCUCAGUUGCUGGGAUCAAGCAGUGGACAUUCUGUUCCAAACAUAUGGGCAGACCACAAAGUGCGUCGAGCCAUGUUCCCUACUCGGCAAAAGACAGUCCAAAUCGAUGACGAUGAAGACAUUUAUCAGAUGUUUGUACCCACUGAGAAUGAUACAAGUGGGCACGAUGUAGAAAGCGAUCAUGACACAUUGGACGAUCGUCCUGGACGACCAAGUAGCUGGGAUGUUGAAAAAAUGCAGUCGGUGCAGUUAGACCUCCCAGCCAGCAGGGGGAAAGUUUUACGCAGGGCAAGUAGCGUUGGAGAGCAACAAAGCGAGCGACAAAGUCCUACAAAGAAAGUGGUCCUCAAAGAGGAAGUGCACAGUAACACAGAGUCAUCUAGUAACGAGAUAUCCGGAUCGUCAUCGGCGGAACAGUUGACGAUCGACGACAUUGAGAAUGUUUACGAUAAUAUUAGCUACGAAGAACUGCAGGCCAUGGGACUGAUUCGAAAGGAUCCAGAGGUUAACCAGUCCUCUUCUGAGGUGAAACUGGUUGUACCACCACAAAUCUUAGUUUCUCCGGUUGAAAUAGAGAGCUCAUCUGAAAGCAACAGGUCCUCAGGCCAAGAGGGGGCACCAUUUGAAUCGUCCAAUGUGCAGACACCAGAGGAAGAGGAAAAUGUCUAUGAUACUAUUGUGUUCCGUGAACUGCCACCUUCUGGCAAUGGGACGGGUAGAGGAAAUAAACAACCAGCCAAACAGGAAAAUGCACAAUCACCCAAGACAGACUGGACAGUUAGUCAGAACACAGGAACAGUUGUUUCUGAUGAAAUACCAAAUGUGGAUUACAGCAAAGUAGCAAAUCGACCUCUUCCUGGGAUUCCUUCUGUUUCAGUUAGUGAUAUCGAAAUACCAUUAACUGUGGAUAAACCGUCUGUACAGUCUGUAGCUGAUCACAUGUCAGAGCAAGUUGAUGAGAUCUGGAAUGAUCUGGAAAACUAUAUCCGAAAUAAUGAAAAGAAAGCUGACAAGCUCCCUGCAGCUUUUCCUGUUAAUAGACCAGAGUCACCACAUAAGAUGUGUGAUGCUCAGGGAAGAACGGAAAGUUCUUCAGAUAAAUUACACAGCUCUCCAACAAAGGCAGUCAACUCCCAGCUGAAAUCACAAGACUCCCAUGACAAGACUCGAAAAUUAAAUCAAUCGCCCAACAAAAAGUGUAAUUCUGGACGGAAAGCUAGUGACUCUCAUGUCAAAACAGAUGGUGCUAAGAAGGUGAAGAAAAUCACAUCAUCUCCCACUUCUCCAUCCUUCCACCCCAUUCCAACAUUCAAAUUCCCAGUGCUGAGUGUUCCCAAACUUGUAAGAGAGCCUACAUUUGAGAUUGAUGAACCUGAGUCCCCUCCAUCUACACCACCUGGUACACCUGCAGCCUUCAGCCCUGCUCCCCAUGUCUCCAGCCCUGCUCCCCAUGUCUCCAGCCCAGCUCCCCAGGUCUCCAGCCCAGCUCCCCAGGUCUCCAGCCCUGCUCCCCAGGUCUCCAGCCCUGCUCCCCAGGUCUCCAGCCCUGCUCCCCAGGUCUCCAGCCCAGCGCCCCAGGUCUCCAGCCCUGUGCCCCAAGUCUGUAGUCCAGUUAGCCAGGUCUCAAGCCCUGUGCCCCAAGUCUGUAGUCCAGUUAGCCAAGUCUCAAGCCCUGUGCCCCAAGUCUGUAGUCUAGUUGGCCAAGUCUCAAGCCCUGUGCCCCUAGUCUGUAGUCCAAUUGGCCAAGUGUCAAGUCCUGUUCCCAAAGUCCAAGAUUCCAACCCUAUACCUGAAAUCCAAAUCACCAGCCCUGAACCCCCACCCGGCACAGUCAAGAGCAUCCGGAACAAACUAGCCAGGCUUAGCAGUGGAAGCUUCCGCAUGGAUGAUGAGGACCUUCCUGCACAGAAAGACCCUGAGCUACAAGCGCUAUUUAGUGGUCUAGAUCCUUCAUACCUUCCUCUGGCACCCCCUGGUCUUCUAUUGGCUGGAGAUGCUGGAGACCAGCUGCUGGAAUUAGGAGAGAAAGGAAGAAACAGGGUUUUCCUAAUGGCCAGACAAUACAGCCAGAAGAUAAAGAAGGCUAAUCAGCUGUUAAAAAUGAAGAGCAUGGACCAUGAGCCCAGCUGUGCAAGACUCAGAACCAACAAGGCAAAAGAUUUAGCUGCCAUUUUGGAAGAGAAGAAACAAGGCGGAGCAGCUAUAGGAGCAAGGAUAGCCGAGUACUCCCAUCUGUACGAGCAGGUGAUGUUUAGGGAGCCUCCUACUACUCCAGUACUGAAAUCGUCAGUCAGUGUGUCAGGACCUCACCCAUUUUCUCUGCGCUCAGCAUUGGCUUCCUCGCCAUCCCUGCCCGAGAGCGCAUUCCCAGAGACUGAUUGGUUGAACUGCACUUACAGCAAUGGUGAACUAUCUGGCUUUGUGUCCUGGCCUUCUGAAGUUGGAGGGCGCUCUUCAACCCCUCAGCAAAAGCUGUCAUCUGCGGCAUCUGUUCCGGCCUUGAAGAACCUUCCACCACCUCCGAGCACUCCACCAAAUCAACGCUGGAGCACCUAUGUAACUCCAACCAGUAAAGAUGACUCUGAACAUAUUUACAGCACGUUGGGGCAGCACACUUUUAAAACUCCACCCUAUAACCGCUGUCAGUCUUCAUCCUCAUUGGCUGAGCAGCAUGAGAAAGAGAACAAUGGGAGUAUGGGUAAUCUGGGACACACCAGUCGUCCAGCAGGGGCUGCAAUCGCAGGACGCGGUCUCGGGCCUCGGCAGCACAGCCUUCCUGAGUGUCCUGUCCAAUCAACCUCUGACCUUUCCCAGUCAUGUGACCUCACACUUAGGGACUCGCAGCAAGUGCUGGUGCUGAACAGACAAUCGAAUCUGAAUGCGAUCAGCGCCACACAGAACUACCUGGCCAACUUCAAAGACACCGGCGAUGAUGAUGAUGAUUACGUGGAAAUCCGCUCUGAGGAUGAGAGUGAUAGCGGGCAGAAGCGCUGUACAGUGAGCCCGGACUCAGCUCUGCAGGGCUACGUCUGGAAUGACCCAAAUGACAGUCAGCAAGCGCUCAAUCAGCCUAAAAUUGUCCAGUCACUGCGGGAGAAGUUCCAGUGUCUUGGCUCCAGCAGCUUCGCUUAAGGGACAGACGUGACUUCCGAUGUACACUUGACAGGAAACAUAAGGGCAGUUGCAAAUUACCACAUGGGGAAUGUUACAUGAUGCAAAGCACAUUUAUGGAUUAUAGGAUCACGCCAACAGACGUUAAACGUUUCGCAUCACAGCUUCAGUCCUACACUAUAUGCACUAUUACAGAUAGCACGGAUCAGAUAGGACACUUUGUAUUUUUCAUCCCUAUAACGACUCGCAAUGCACUGAACACGACUUGCUAUUUUCUUGCCAUAGGGAUAGUUUAAAAGUAAAAAAUAUUACAGUUUAAAUUCCGGCUUUGAGCUUGACUUGAACUCAGCUCGCAUGACUGGACUGAGGUCAUCAGUCAGAGAGGGUGAAUUUUAAAGUGUUAAAGAUUUCCCAUCAGAAUUCAGCUUUACAUUUUUUUUUUUACUCUGUAAGUACUCCGAGCUGUCCAUCGUCAACACUCCAGCACUAUCUUUCUUAAGCCAUACCUUAGCAUCCAUUUUGCUAACAAUUCCACUGUAAAACUUUUAAGCUAGUGUUUAAAGAAUUUUAUUGUAGCGAUUUAAUAUCGACACACUGAUGAUACUUCAGCAUCCAUUUGCAAAAAAUCAAACUGUUUCUGCAGUUUAGGAAAUUUAGGAUCAUACGCACUGUUACUGGUUAAAUCUGCAUGACUGUGUUUUUAAAGGACAAAAAAAAACAA